CAGGACGGUAGUCACUAUCUGUGCUCUCGAUACAAGGAGUGUGAAACAGUAUACGUAUAUAUACAUAUGUAUAUAUAUAUAUAUAUAUAUAUAUAUAUAUAUACACAAGAGGCCGGAUUGAUCGGAUAAAUUAAUUUGCCACGCCCUUUCGGCCAUUUUGGGCGGCCUCCUCGACGGCCUGUCUAACUGGCGUAGAGCAGUUUCAGUUCAAGAAAUUGCAAGACUACUUACCAAAAAAAUGGAUCAACAGAUAACGCCGAAAGAAGUGAAAAUCCUUGAAAAUCCAGAAGAUAUUCAGGAAAGACGUGAUCAGGUGCUCAGUCGUUAUGCAAGUUUUAAAGCUGAAGCUCGCAAUAAGCGAGAUAAACUUGAAGACUCUCGGCGCUUUCAGUAUUUUAAAAGGGAUGCUGAUGAACUCGAAGGCUGGAUUUACGAGAAAUUGCAAGCAGCUUCCGAUGAAAGUUAUAAAGAUCCAACAAAUUUACAAGCAAAGAUACAAAAACAUCAGGCAUUUGAAGCUGAAGUAGCAGCUCACUCUAAUGCUAUCGUUCUUCUUGAUAAUACUGGCUCAGAAAUGAUUGCCCAACAUCACUUCUCCAGUGACGUCAUUCGUAAAAGACUUGAGGAGCUACACCGUUUAUGGGAAUUAUUACUAUCAAGGCUGGCAGACAAAGGUUUGAAGUUGCAGCAGGCUUUGGUGCUAGUGCAGUUCUUAAGGCACUGUGAUGAAGUGAUGUUCUGGAUACAUGACAAGGAAGCAUUUGUAACUACGGAUGAGUUUGGCCAAGAUCUAGAGCAUGUGGAGGUGCUGCAGCGUAAGUUUGAUGAGUUCCAAAAAGACAUGAGCUCUCAGGAAUAUCGAGUGACUGAGGUAAACGAGCUAGCUGACAAGUUAUUGCUCGACGGGCAUCCAGAACGCGAUACGAUUUUGCGCCGUAAGGAAGAGCUAAACGAGUCAUGGCAGCGAUUGAAGCAACUGGCAAUCCUUAGGCAAGAAAAGCUGUUCGGAGCGCAUGAGAUACAGCGCUUUAAUAGGGAUGCCGAUGAGACAAUGGCCUGGAUCGCGGAGAAGGAUGCUGUGCUGUCCUCGGACGACUUUGGUCGCGAUCUGGCUUCAGUGCAAUUGCUGCAGCGCACACACGAGAACGUUGAGCGCGAUCUGGCGGCCCUCGAAGACAAGGUGGCAACGCUCAGUGGCGAAGCCGACAGACUCGCCUCAAUCCAUCAGCCGGAGCACAGCCAGCAGAUCCAAGCUAAGCGCCAGGAGAUCCUGCAAUCUUGGGAGAGCCUGACUGCCCGCGCCAAGGAGCGUCGAGUGAAGCUCGACGAGUCGUAUUGCCUGCACCGCUUUCUUGCCGACUAUCGUGAUCUUGUCAGCUGGAUGAACAAUAUGCGUGCUAUCAUAUCGGCUGACGAGUUGGCUAAGGAUGUCGCCGGUGCGGAGGCACUACUGGAGCGUCACCAGGAGCACCGCGGCGAAAUAGAUGCGCGAGCCGACAGUUUUGAGGCGACCCAGGCAGCGGGUACGCGACUCCUCGAGCGCCAACACUACGCAGCCGAGGAGGUAGCGCGCAAGCUCGAGAGUCUCGCCUCGGACAAGCAGGCGCUCCUCGAACUCUGGGAGCAGAGGCGCAUUCUCUACGAACAGUGCAUGGAUCUGCAGCUGUUCUACCGUGACACAGAACAAGCCGACGCCUGGAUGGCCAAGCAGGAGGCAUUCCUCGCAAACGAGGAUCUUGGAGACUCGCUAGACUCGGUGGAAGCGCUGAUGAAAAAGCACGAGGAUUUCGAUAAGUCGCUGGCUGCGCAAGAGGAAAAAAUUAAGGCUCUGGAUGAGUUCGCCUCGAAAUUGGUCGAGGGCGAGCACUACGCCGCAGAGGAGGUGGCUCAGCGUCGGCAAGCAUUGCUCGCACGUCGUGCCGCCCUUCUCGACAAGUCGGCGGCGCGUAGAGGUGCUCUCGAAGACGCCUACCGUCUGCAGCAAUUCGAGCGUGACUGCGACGAGACUAAGGGCUGGGUCAACGAGAAGUUGAAGUUCGCCACCGACGACAGCUACCUCGACCCUACCAAUCUCAACGGGAAGCUGCAGAAGCAGCAGAACUUUGAACAGGAGCUGCAGGCCAACGGUACCCGCAUGGAGGAGAUGGUGGCCCAGGGCAGAGAGCUCUGCGCCGCUGGUCACUACGCCGCUGAACGUGUGCAAUCGCGAAUCGACGAAAUUGUGGAGCUCUGGCACUCGCUUGCUUCGGCGAGCGAGCGCAAGGCCGCCAAGCUCCAGGAGGCUGCGCAGCAGCAGCAGUUCAACCGUACCUGCGAAGACCUUGAACUGUGGCUAUCAGAGCUCGAAGGUCAGCUCAUGAGCGAGGAUUACGGAAAGGACCUGACCUCGGUGCAGAACCUGCUCAAGAAACAGGCAUUGCUGGAAGCCGACGUGGCGUCGCACCAGGAGCGCGUGGAGGCAGCUUCGGCCGCCGCCGGCCAGUUUGCCGCGGCGGGUCACUUUGACGCUGACAACAUUGUGGCAAAGGAGCGUCAGCUGGCCACACGCUACGCGGCUCUCGAGCGCCCGAUGCGUGCGCGCCGUCAGCGCCUGCAGGACUCGCUGCGCGUUCAGCAGUUGUUCCGCGAUGUCGAGGAUGAGGAGGCUUGGAUCCGCGAGAAGGAGCCGAUUGCCGGUUCGUCGAAUCGCGGCCGCGACUUGAUCGGCGUGCAGAACUUAAUCAAGAAACAUCAUGCGUUGUUCGCGGAGAUCGGUAAUCACGAGCCGCGUGUCGCGGCCGUCUGUCAGGCGGGUUCGCGUAUGCUCGAGGAGGGCCACUUUGCUGCGGAUGAGAUCUCGGCGCGGCUGGCAGCUCUGGAUGAGCACUGGGGCCAGCUGAAGGAGCGUGCUCGUCAGCGCAGCAAUGACCUCGAGGACUCACUGCAGGCGCAGCAAUACUUUGCCGACGCGAACGAGGCCGAGGCCUGGAUGAAGGAAAAACGGCCGAUCGUGACGAAUGCCGACUACGGCAAGGACGAGGACAGUAGCGAGGCGCUGUUGAAAAAGCAUGAGGCUCUUCUGAGCGAUCUGGAGGCCUUCGGCAGUACAAUCGCCGGACUGGCUGAGCAAGCUGGUCAAUGCCGCCAGCAGGAAGCGCCGCAAGUGGAUCUCGCGGGCAAGGAGUGUGUGAUCGCCCUCUACGACUAUACGGAGAAAUCGCCGCGCGAGGUUAGCAUGAAGAAGGGUGACAGUUUGACGCUGCUCAACAGUAACAACAAAGACUGGUGGAAGGUGGAAGUGAAUGACCGCCAGGGCUUUGUGCCAGCGGCUUACGUGAAACGGCUCGAGCCCGAGGGUCCGAGCGUCACCGGUCUGAGCGGCUCGCAGCAACAGCUGGCGCGCGAGCAGGGCUCGAUCGCGGCACGCCAGGCGCAGAUUGAGGCCCAGUACGAAGAAUUGCUACGCUUGGCACGCGAACGCCAGAACAAGCUCAGUGAAACCGCCAAGGCGUACGUGCUGGUGCGAGAGGCUGCGGAGCUGCAGGCCUGGAUUAAGGACAAGGAAAAUCACGCGGCGCAGGUGCAGGACGUGGGCGAGGACCUUGAACAGGUGGAGGUGCUACAGAAAAAGUUCGAUGAUUUCCGUGCCGAUCUCAAGGCUAACGAGGUGCGUUUGGCCGAGAUGAACGAGAUCGCGGUACAACUGAUGAGCCUCGGGCAGACAGAGGCUGCGCUCAACAUCCAGACGCAGAUCCAAGAGCUGAACGACAAAUGGACCAGUUUGCAGACCCUGACGCAGGAACGCGCCAGCCAGCUAGGCUCGGCUCACGAGGUACAGCGCUUUCAUCGCGACGUCGACGAAACCAAGGACUGGAUUCGCGAGAAGGACGCCGCUCUCAACAACGACGAUUUAGGCAAGGACCUGCGCAGCGUACAAGCACUGCAGCGCAAACAUGAGGGUCUCGAACGCGAUCUUGCCGCCCUCGGCGACAAAAUCAAACAGCUCGACGAGACGGCUACGCGGCUUAUGCAAUCCCACCCGGACACCGCAGAGCAGACGUACGCCAAACAAAAGGAUAUCAACGAGGAAUGGACACAAGUUACCGCCAAGGCCAAUUCACGCAAGGAGAAGCUUCUCGAUUCAUACGAUUUGCAGCGCUUCCUCAGCGAUUACCGCGAUCUUAUGGCCUGGAUCAACUCUAUGAUGGGUCUCGUCGCCUCCGAGGAGCUUGCAUCCGAUGUCACUGGAGCCGAGGCGCUUCUUGAGCGUCAUCAGGAACACCGUAUGGAGAUCGAUGCGCGCGCAGGCACGUUCCAGGCGUUCGAACUGUUUGGUCAGCAAUUGUUGCAGUCAUCCCACUACGCCUCGGUGGAGAUCCAAGAGAAGUUGGAAUCGAUGAGCGAGGCACGCCAGGAACUGGAGAAGGCUUGGAUUCAACGGCGCAUGCAGCUCGAUCAGAAUCUAGAACUACAACUCUUCUGCCGAGACUGCGAGCAGGCGGAGAAUUGGAUGUCAGCGCGCGAAGCCUUUUUGUCGUCGUCAUCGUCCACUUUGGGCGCUGCCGCUGCCGACUCAAGCGACAAUGUCGAGGCCUUGAUCAAGAAACACGAAGACUUCGACAAGGCGAUCACGGCCCACGAGGAAAAAAUCGCUGCGCUGCAGACGCUUGCCGAUCAGCUGAUUGCCGCGGAGCACUAUGCCUCGCGACCGAUCGACGAGCGCCGUUGCCAGGUACUCGAUCGCUGGCGCCACCUCAAGGAUGCGCUGAUCGAAGCGCGCUCACGCCUCGGUGAGUCGCAAACACUACAGCAGUUCUCGCGUGACGCCGACGAGAUUGAAAAUUGGAUCGCGGAGAAAUUGCAACUGGCCACCGAAGAGAACUACAAGGAUCCGGCCAACAUUCAGUCGAAACAUCAAAAACAUCAGGCCUUCGAGGCCGAGUUGGCAGCCAACGCUGACCGUAUACAGUCGGUACUGGCGAUGGGUGGCAAUUUGAUCGAAAAGCACCAAUGCGCGGGCAGCGAAGACGCGGUACAGAAGCGGCUCGCCUCGAUUGCCGAUCAGUGGGAAUACCUCACGCAUAAGACCACCGAGAAGUCGAUGAAGUUAAAAGAGGCAAAUAAGCAACGUACCUAUAUCGCCGCUGUCAAAGAUUUGGACUUUUGGCUGGGCGAACUAGAGAGUCUACUGACUAGCGAAGAUGCGGGCAAGGAUUUGGCCUCUGUGCAGAACCUCAUGAAGAAACAGCAGCUCGUUGAGGCGGAUAUUGGUGCGCAUGAGGAGCGAGUGCGCGAUAUGAAUGCCCAGGCGGACUCGCUGAUCGAUAGCGGUCAAUUUGAGGCGGCAGGCAUCCAGGAAAAGCGUCAGAGUAUUAAUGAGCGUUACGAGCGUGUGCGCAACUUGGCUGCACACCGCCAGGCACGGUUAAACGAAGCCAACACCCUACACCAAUUUUUCCGUGACAUUGCCGACGAGGAGUCGUGGAUCAAGGAGAAAAAACUGCUUGUCCAGUCGGACGAUUACGGUCGCGAUCUCACCGGCGUACAGAAUUUGCGUAAAAAGCACAAGCGCUUGGAGAGCGAACUCGCCUCGCAUGAACCGGCGAUACAGGCGGUACAGGAGGCCGGCGAGAAGCUGAUGGACGUAUCGAAUCUGGGCGUGCCGGAGAUCGAACAGCGGCUGAAGCUCCUCAACCAGGCCUGGGCCGAGCUCAAGCAAUUGGCUGUAAAUCGGGGCCAACGGCUGCAGGAGUCGCUCGCCUACCAGCAGUUUCUGGCCAAAGUCGAGGAGGAGGAAGCUUGGAUGGCCGAGAAGCAGCAGUUACUGUCACUCGAGGACUACGGUGACACGAUGGCUGCGGUGCAGGGCCUGAUUAAAAAACACGAUGCUUUUGAAACGGACUUUGCCGCGCAUGCCGAACGCUGCCGCGAAGUUAGCGAGGCCGCGGACGGGCUGCGCGCUGCUGGUAAUCACCGGGCAGAGGCGAUAGAGCAGCGCUGCCAGCAGCUGGCAGCUCGCCUUGACCAGUUGCAUCAGCUGGCCCAGCGUCGCAAGGCACGUCUUCAGGAUAACUCAGCCUAUCUGCAGUUUAUGUGGAAAGCUGACGUGGUGGAAUCGUGGAUCGCCGACAAGGAAAGUCAUGUACGCAGCGAGGAGUUUGGCCGUGAUCUAAGCAGUGUGCAGACUCUUCUCACCAAGCAAGAGACAUUUGACGCGGGCCUGCAUGCCUUCGAGCAUGAAGGCAUCCAGAACAUCACGUCGUUAAAGGAGAUGCUGCUGGAGGCUGGCCAUGAACAGAGCGCCGCGAUACAACGUCGCCACGGAGAUGUGAUCACUCGCUGGCAAAAACUACUCGCCGACUCACAGGCGCGCAAACAGCGCCUACUGCAGAUGCAGGAUCAGUUCCGCCAAGUGGAGGAGCUCUAUUUGAGCUUUGCUAAGAAGGCCUCGGCCUUCAACUCGUGGUUCGAGAACGCCGAGGAAGAUCUAACUGAUCCGGUACGCUGCAACAGCAUUGAAGAGAUAAGGGCAUUGCGUGAGGCGCAUGCCCAAUUUCAGGCGAGUCUCUCGUCGGCCGAGGCCGAUUUUGCAGCUCUGGGAGCACUCGAUCGACGUAUCAAGGGCUUCAACGUUGGACCUAAUCCCUACACCUGGUUCACUAUGGAGGCGCUUGAGGACACCUGGCGCAACCUGCAAAAGAUUAUCAAAGAGCGUGACCUCGAACUUGCUAAGGAAGCUCAGCGCCAAGAGGAGAACGACAAGCUACGCAAGGAGUUCGCCAAGCACGCCAACGCUUUCCAUCAGUGGCUCGCUGACACGCGCACCUCCAUGAUGGAGGGCUCGGGUUCACUCGAGCAACAGCUCGAGGCCACUAAGCGCAAAACCCAGGAGGUACGAGCGCGCCGACAGGACCUAAAAAAGAUCGAGGACCUCGGGGCGAUACUCGAGGAGCAUCUGAUUCUAGACAACCGAUACACCGAGCACAGUACCGUCGGCCUCGCACAGCAGUGGGACCAGCUUGAUCAGCUAGGCAUGCGUAUGCAGCACAAUCUCGAGCAGCAGAUACAAGCACGCAACCAGUCGGGAGUGUCGGAGGGUGCCCUUAAGGAGUUUUCAAUGAUGUUCAAACACUAUGACAAGGACAAGAGUGGACGUCUGAAUCACCAAGAAUUUAAAUCGUGUCUGCGAGCUCUCGGCUACGAUCUGCCAAUGGUCGAAGAAGGCCAACCUGAUCCUGAAUUUGAAAAUAUACUCGAUAUCGUCGAUCCAAACAGAGAUGGCUUUGUCUCGUUACAAGACCACAUGGCAUUUAUGAUUAGCAAAGAAACGGAAAAUGUUCAGAGUUCGCAGGAAAUUGAAAACGCAUUCCGAGCUAUCACCGCAGCUGAUCGACCUUACGUCACCAAAGAUGAACUCUACGCUAAUUUAACGAAAGAGAUGGCAGAUUAUUGUGUGGCUAGAAUGAAUCCUUACGUCGAUCCAAAAACCGAAAGACCAAUCACCGGCGCUCUCGAUUACAUAGAAUUUACUCGCACGCUAUUUCAAAAUUAAUGCAUAACAAAUAAAUUAUUGUUACUAUUAUUAUUAAUAUUAUUAUUAUUAUUAUUAUUAUUAUUAUUAUUAUAUUUAUAUCAAACAACUCUUAAAAUAUAUCGCAUUGUGCAUUGUGCACGAGUAAAUACAGAUUAUCAACAAAAAAUGGUUAAGUGAUUUCAUUUACAU